AUGUCACGUAAUCCAGCGGCAGGCCUAGAAAACACAUUAUUCCAGUUGAAAUUUACAUCGAAACAGUUACAAAAGCAAGCGCAAAGAGCGUCCAGAGAAGAGAAACAAGAGACAAAUAAGUUGAAGAAAGCUCUCAACGAAAAUGAAGAAAUUGCUAGAAUAUAUGCCUCUAAUGCCAUAAGGAAGAAAAAUGAAAGAUUGCAACUUUUGAAGUUGGCUUCUAGGAUUGAUUCUGUAGCUUCAAGGGUACAGACUGCAGUAACUAUGAGACAAGUGUCUGGAUCAAUGGCACAAGUUUGUAAGGGGAUGGAUAAGGCAUUAGCUAAUAUGAAUUUACAACAGAUAACAAUGGUUAUGGAUAAAUUUGAACAACAAUUUGAAGACCUAGAUACAAGUGUUAACGUUUAUGAAGAUAUGGGCGUUAGUUCAGAUGCAAUGUUGGUUGAUAAUGAUAAAGUAGAUGAGUUAAUGGGUAAAGUGGCUGAUGAAAAUGGUAUGGAAUUAAAGCAAAGUGCCAAAUUGGACAACUUACCUCAAAUAGAAAAAGCAGAACCUGUAACAGAAGAAAAAGAAGACAAAUUGGCUCAAAGAUUAAGAGCUUUACGUAGUUGA